AUGGCAGCAUCUGGUUUUUCAAUGGUGGCAAAUAUGAUCAUAGGUUCUUCAACUUCUUCUGAUAUUGUUAUCCCUGAUGCUUCCGAUCACAUGGCUUCUAAUUUGUCUUCUCUUGAUAACAUUCAGCUUCUCAAUCAGCCAUGCCCCAUUAAGCUCCCAAAUGCUGACAUUGUUCCUAUGAGCUUCAUGGGAGAGUCUCAUUCUCUCUACAGACCUGAUAAGGUUGGGAGAUUGCCCAGGCAACCAGGAGUCAAUUUCCAGCAAUACUCAGGAUACGUCACUGUGGAUGACAAGCAGACCAGAUUUCUCUUUUAUUACUUUGUCGAAGCAGAGACGAACCCGGCUUCCAAGCCUCUAGUUCUCUGGUUAAAUGGAGGGCCUGGUUGCUCCUCUAUUGGAACAGGAGCUUUCAUGGAAAAUGGCCCUUUCAAACCGGGAGGAGACGCUUUAAUUAUUAAUGAGCACAGUUGGAAUAAAGAAGCAAAUAUGUUAUACCUGGAGUCGCCUGCUGGAGUUGGGUUCUCUUAUUCCACUAAUAUAUCAUUCUAUUCCUCAGUUAAUGACAACAUAACAGCACAUGACAAUCUUGUAUUCCUCGAUCGUUGGCUUGCCAAAUAUCCUGACUACAGAAGUAGAGAUUUGUAUAUCACAGGGGAAAGCUAUGCAGGUCAUUAUGUUUCACAACUUGCACAGCUCAUUGUUCAGUCCCCUAACAUGAAGUUCAAUUUGAAGGGAAUAGCGCUGGGAAAUCCUCUGCUGGACUUCGAGAUAGAUUUCAAUUCCGUGGCGGAGUUCUGGUGGUCGCACGGACUGAUUUCGGAUUCCACGUACGAGCUUUUCCGAUCGGACUGUAACUUUUCGCAGUUCAUGAGAGAGUAUGCGAUCACAGGAAGCCUUUCCCGGAAAUGCUAUGGCGUGAUCACUCAGUCCAUAAACGAGGUCGGAAACUCCACGGACACCUACGACGUCACCCUCGACGUCUGCCUCCCCACCGACUCUAGGGCUGCUCAUUUGCUUUCCAAACGGUUCAAGGAAAAUGCACAAGGCAUAGAUGUAUGCAUAGAAGAUAAGAUAGCUAAGUAUUUAAAUCGAAAAGAUGUGCAAAGGGUUCUUCAUGCCAAGCUUGUUGGAGUGAAUAGUUGGAUUUCAUGCAGCAAAAUUUUAAAAUACGACAUGCACAAUCUAGAGACAUCUGUAACCAGUGUUGUUGGCUCUCUUGUUCAGUCUGGUAUCCGAACCCUAAUUUACAGUGGGGAUCAAGACUCACUUAUCCCACUAAUUGGAACAAGGACUUUGGUGAAUAAUUUAGCAAAGGGAUUGGGGCUGAACACCACUGUGCCAUAUAGCAGUUGGUUUGUGGGAGGGCAGGUUGGUGGGCGUACACAAGCUUAUGGUGAUGAUAAUAUCUUAUCUUUUGCCUCUAUUAAAGCAGCCUCUCACCAAGCUCCAUAUUCGCAACCACAAAGAUCACUAGAGCUAUUCAGAGUAUUUUUAAGUGGCAAAUCACUACCAACAUAA